AGAAUCCGAUGAGAUUACAGGAAAUGUUUGUGCCACUCUUAUUUUCUGCACGAUAAGUAGUUUUGGUAUCUAUCUAGUAUCAUCGCGAUUUUUGAUUGGUCUGUCAUGGGACACAAAAGUCAAAUAAAGAUACUUCUUCAAUCGCGAUUUUAUGCAACACAUGCACGGUUUCCGAGCUAGGUGUUUCGGUAGCUUUUUGUACUCCCUGCUGUGCGUGCGCCAUGGAUCCUCCAAAAGUUUUCGAGAUUCAGCGCAGACUGACGGUGUCGCUGGCGCGUCGAUAUCCCAUUCCGAAUCCGCGUUUUUUCCGUCGACUGCUCUGCAGCUAGGUGAAGAGCAAGCGAGAGCCACUGAUGAAGACAAUGAGGACCACACUGCAGGAGGGUCGUCGACCGUAUGCCCGGUAUGUCUUGAAGACUUCCGGCAUAGCCCUGCAUCGUCGAGUGCCGGAACAACGGGAGUACCCGCGCCGCCCGACGAUGACCCUGAGAACGAGGCAGACAAACUUUACUGGCUUCCGUGCUUUCACCCGAUUUGCCGUCGGUGCCGGGCCGAUUUUGUAGGUAAAAAUGCGAAAAAUCGCGAAAAGAUAAAGUGUCCCAUUUGUCGGGUCCCGCUGCAGGGUCACUACGAGGGACAGGUCGGCACUUGUCGCCCGGGCUCCUCGUCUCCCACCUGGGGGUCCCCUGCAUCGCCCGCCACAACCGCGACACCGUCGACUGCAACCUCGAGCUCCGCUUCAACAGGUCUCUUCUCGCGACAAGGUUUUUUCGGUGGUUCACCACAGCCCUCGGAUGGUAAGAGUCCAGCAUAUCUACAAGAGCAAGACGAUGAGAAAUCAUUUAGGAAAGCCACAGAUGAGUUUCCGCGAGCGAACGGUGAGGGCAAUAGCGUCGAGUACCGCUGGGUUUUGCAAAAACCGGAGGUCGUGAACCCGCGGCGGGCUACACACAAUAUCUUUGCCACGACGGCCGAAGCCUCGCCAAUUCCAGCUUCACUGAUUCCCCAGAACAUCUUACUCCGCAUGCGGUGGUCGACCCGGGUAGAUCGGUCAACCGUGGGUGCGGGCCUGGACGCAGCCGCGAAUCCGGCCGCUGAGCCUGCUGCAGGGGAGGUUGCUGCUGGUGCGACGAACAGCACGGAGGGAGUACCAGUGCUAGCCGAACCAGAAGGGGAGCAACAGAAUGCGGAGGAGCGGCCUCAAGCCGGAGCUGUGCCGCAACGACCGCGGCGUAAUGCCGUUUUCCUGGCGCCAAUCCCUUUCCAACGACAGGUCGUGGGGAUGAACCUUACCGACGAGGCGACCGCACCUGCUAUUUUUUGGUCACGGACUGCAGACACGAACGCCACAGCGUCUGAAGAGAUUGCUGCUGAGGAACAAAUUGUCGACGGGGCAACAAAUAAUAAUCCAGACCCUGUGAGGUUGCAGUUUGCCUCGGACGAAGGCAGCUCCUCCGACGAGGAUGACAGUACCAUUGUGGAUGAUGAGACUGACGCAGAACUUCGCGGUCUGAUUAGCGGUGAUAUUGUGCACACCGUCCUCGGGAACGGGGGUGUGAACUUUAUCGAUGAUUUGCAAACUAUUCCUUUUAUUCCAGACACGACGGACGGUGGCGCAACAAACCAAGAGCGCGGUAUAUCCGAUGGAGCAGUGCCAGUGCCCCCGGUGGGGGGGAAUAACAGCGCGGAACCGCGCCGCGACGUACCUGCAGGUGAGCAGCCACGCGAGCAGGACGACGCCGUCCCCGCGGAGCAAGAAGGAGAGAGGAUGCCAUUUUUCCAGGACCUCGAGCCGCAACCUGAUCCGCCGGCGGUUAACAUCGGUGGUCCGGCGCCUCCCCGGCUGCGACCACAGCCGAGCCCGUCAGGCUUCCCGCGGUUUUGGAUGCACCAGGGAGCGCGGCCGUGGUGGAACGAGAUGGUGUUUGUGCCGUUGCAGGACCGAAACCGAAGGCAGCAGCUGCUGCUACAGGAUGGCGGUAGCUAUCAGGGACAGUGGCAAAACGGCAAGAAGCACGGGCGCGGUCACCAGAAGUACCAGGGCGAGCAGGGCGGUCAGACCCACGAAAUUCGGUACGAGGGCGAGUAUGCCGCGGGGCAGAAGCACGGCGCGGGUCUUCUGAGCAUGGUGAAGAGGCUGACCAAGCCCAGGAGAGAAGACAAUAGAUCAGCUAGUAGUACAUCAGCCGCUGCAAGCGGUGCUGGCCAUAGUUCGAGGGUUACUAGCACCACGACUGCACAUGAGCGAUGGGGCGAUGGUUUUCGUCGCCAGUCCUCUCACCCAGAAGUUGAGCGAGGUGCUUCUGCAGUAGAACCAGACGACGAGGAGUUGCUGCAGCGGGAACUCUAUGUUGGGCAGUGGGAGCGAAACAAGUUGCACGGCCACGGGAGUUACUGGUACUGCAAGAGACCUAGAAGGGAUAAUGUUCUCUCCCGUAGUCAGUUCAGCACGGGGAGCAGCAGCUCGCCCGGGGAACCACCGCGGGUCGCGCCGACCAACGCGGACGCGGUGCUCAAUGUAGCACGUGCGGAGGCGGGAGGUAUUGUUGAGCAGGUCCCGGCCGCCGACGGGGAAACCGAAGGAGACACUCUUGUCGACGAUGGUGGUCCAGGGGGACCUCCGGAGGACAGGGCAGAGUCAGGUCCUGUACCCCUAGGCCCGCCGCCCGGGCGGCCGCCCCCGGCGUCGCGAAGAGGAAUUGCCUCCUUCCGCUUGGGGCUGUUGGGCAACGCGAUUUUGCAGCAGUCCAACCGCAGAAGCGCUGAGGAAGCAGCGGAGCGAGAGCGACAGGCCGCGGACCAGGCAGAGUUGCCGUCGGAGUGGGUGUUUCGCUCGGUUGCGGACGAUGCGUCGCCCGUCUGGAGCCGCACGCCCAGUCCGCCGGACAAUUCCAUGGCGUCGGGAGGCGACUUCGGAGCCCUCACGCUAGAGCAAGAAGCGGCACGGGAUCGCGAAUACGCAGCGAAUCCUGGCGGAAUCAAUCCGUAUCCGAAUCAUGGCGAAGACCCCCGGCAAGCACGCGAUCGCGAGCAAGCUGCCACUUCCACACGGCAGACGAGCAGUAGCUCCGGACAUGAUGGAGGGAAGCCAAACACGCGUGAAUUUGAUGCCGGUUCGUACACGGGAGAGUUUUUCGACGGCCUCCGUCACGGCUACGGUUGGGGCACGAGAAACGGCGUUGGCUACGAGGGCUACUGGCGCGACGGGAAGAAGCACGGCUUCGGAUGCAUGGCACCAACGAGAGAGGCGUGCAUAGCGCAUAAUGCCCGGAAUGGUCCAUCCUCUUCUUCUUCAUCAUCCUCUCCGAAAAACAGUUUUGCGCACUGGUUUUACGUCGGCGAAUGGUGUGAGAACGCACCUCACGGCGAUAUGUGGGAGUUCCGCAACGGCGCUGAGUACAUCGGUCAGUAUGUGCACGGGAAACGCACCGGGCGCGGCGUGUUAAACGACUUCCAGAACGACUACUGCUUUGACGGGCUGUGGUUUCAGGGAAAACAGCACGGCUUCGGCAGGGAGCGGCAUCGGGGCUUCGUCCGCGAGGGUUUCUGGCACAGCGGCCAGCCCUUCGAAGACGAGAACCAUCCGGGCCUGGUCUAUCCGUGCUAUCGUGGGUUCUACGCCGGGAGCUGGCACACCCCUCCGUCCGGAGGUGCGGUCCCGGCCUCUACAGCCACUUCCGGCGUACAUCAACCGCAGCGUGGUGGUAAUACAAGUUCUGAGACAGCAGAAGACUACCGGGGCCCGCGGAUGAUCAAUCGGGGAGACCGCGUGACCCAGGCGUCGCAGCGUCCGCAGCUGCCGCUCACACCGUUUCACGGACCGCCGCCGACCUGGCCGCGGGACCGCAUCAUCGUGGCGCACUCGCUCUCAAGUGUUACACCGCAAGGCAACAGCCUGCACAGCUACGACCCGCCUGCACACCGCGUUCCUCAGGGAGGUCGCGGCGAAAGGAUCUCAGGCUGGGGCCGCUUGCAGGAAAGUGCGUUGGCUAGCGGUGAGGGAGUGGUGCAUUUCCCUCCGAUGCCUGCUACCUACGACCGCUACGGUUCACCAUAUCCGUACGAGCCCGGUCAACUACAUCGCGAUUUCGAUGAAACUUACGAGCACGUGAUGAAUCCAUGGGAGCAAGAGCUCGCGCAAGAUGGGCUUUCUCACGAAGCGGCGCAAGUAGACGCAGCAAUACAGCAGCACCAGCAGCAAGUGCAGCAGCAGUGGAGACAGCACUUGGAACAGAGCGCGCAACAGGACAGUCAGCAGACGCGAAACGAUUAUGACUUUGGUUCUACCUCCUCAUCGGGUGCCGCUCAAGCAUAUAAUUUUGACGAACAGGAGCAACAGCAACAGCCGGCUGAGCAAUCUGCUGGCUCUUCACAGGGAGGCUUUUACGCCAGUCAGCAGGCAACUGCACCACCACCGUGGCGAAACCGAAAUAGGGUGUCGCGGUGGCAUUGGUAAGCGAAAGCGAAGCGGCUUUCUAGCAUCAAGAAGCGCGUUGCUAGCAUUAAAGUACGAAAGUGAGAGACGUUGAAUCUGGAAUUGUUUAUAGAGCACUGCGGGACUGCGCAUGUGAAGUUUGCAAUGGGGAUUAUGAAGUAUGCUGUGUGCUGCACUAUUUCCCUGUCUGGUCCUUGUGGUUGAGAAUACAAAUGAAAGUUUAAGUAGUUGGUUUUUUUACUCUUGCGAUUUACAGUGAUCGCUCAAGGUUUAUCGAGAUGUUUGAGCAGUAAGAAAGUAGCAGUUAGCACUUGCGGUUUGUAUCACUAGUUUGUCAAAAUCUCUCACAUGAUCCUCGGUGCGAACUCACCAGAGCUGCGAAAAAACAUCUUCUUUCUAUUGCAUGUUGAGACCAGAUAUUGAUAAUUUCUUCAAAUGUUUUUUGAAUUUCUGUGUGUUGGAU